GCAUAAUAUAGCAUUUGAAACAUUAUUUUGCUAAAUUCAAAUGCAACAUAUACCCUUGACUAAAAAUGAAAUAUAUACUAUUAUCUCUGUAAAAACUAACAUCAUUUUCCACAGUGCUUCCUGGACGAAAUAGAGGACCAGGUGAAAAGAAGUCUCAAGCCCUUAAAAUUGUCCAGAUAAUUUGGGAAGAGGUUGUUCAACUGAAGGAUAACGAGAUAUGGGACAUAAUCAGAGGCCCGCCCAAGAUGAUAAAAGAAAAAGAAAGUAAUCACCCUGAUGCUAAGUAUGUUGAUAAAUUCAUGGGAUAUCAGUCUCGACUAUUAUCUGUUGCUGCUUCAUUGGGCAACUUUAAAUUUUUGAUCGAGCUUCUCCAAUUGUGUCCUGAGCUGGUAUGGAAGGUAGAUGACAAUGAUCGCACAAUUUUUCACGUCGCAGUCUUGCAUCGUCAGGAAAGUGUCUACAACCUGAUAUACGAGAUAGGCUCAAUAAAGGACCUCAUAACUAGUAUGAAGGACACGGAUGAUAACAACAUUCUACACUUGGCUGCCAUGAAGCCAGAACAAAGUCGACUUCAGACUGUGUCAGGAGCAGCUCUUCAAAUGCAAAGGGAAAUAUUGUGGUUCAAGGAAGUAGAAACUAUGGUGCAUCCUUCUUUGCGAGAAAAUGAAAACAAACAAGGGAAAACUCCUCAAAACUUAUUCAUUGAUGAGCACGCAGAGUUGAUGGAAAAAGGGGAAAGCUGGAUGAAACAAACAGCAUCUCAGUGCAUGAUUGUUGCUGCCCUUAUAGCUACAAUAACGUUUGCAGCGGCUUUUACUUUACCUGGUGGUAGCAAUCAGGAUAGCGGGCAUCCAAUAUUCAAACAUAGACCUGCCUUCAUGGUGUUUGUAAUAGCCGACGCUGUAUCCUUGUUCAGCUCUUCAGCUUCCAUACUCAUGUUCUUAGCCAUUCUCACGUCACGUUAUGCAGAAAGAGAUUUCUUGGUGUCUUUACCUUUAAAAUUGAUGGUCGGGCUCCUGACACUUUUCAUCUCAAUAACUACAAUGAUGAUUGCCUUCGCGGCCAGCUUCUACCUAGUUUAUACGAAAGAUAUAAAAUGGGUACCGUAUCUAGUCAGUGGAUUAGCUGGAACACCUGUGAUUUUAUUUGCUGGACUUCAGUCUCGUCUAUUUUUCGACGUGGUUGGUACAACUUAUAGUUCCAGGUCUCUGUUCAAACCUGAGAGAGGCAUGCUUUACUGAAGAACUCUGUGAGGAUUUCCGUGCUGUGAUCCUAUAGUUCUUCACAGCAUAAUGGUUAAAUGUUCAAGUCUUGGCAAGUAAUGCCUGGUGAGUAAGUGUUUAAAUUCAUCGAAUUCAACUUCAAAAUCAAUGCAUUUUGUUUCGGUAUUGUUGAUUACAAUAUGUAAGUUUCGAAGGUGUGACACUCAGGAUGUCCUUUGUCAGAUUUGUU